UAUUUGCUAUCGUCACAGAUGCAACUGCUUGAAGAAGUGGCCGUAUGCGUUCAAAUGAAUUGGUUGACGUUAUUGACUGGAAAGUCGAACGUUGGAAAGGCGUCGACGGUGAACAUGCUGGCGGAGUUGACUGGAAAUAGAUUGAGUACAAUGCGAUUAACGUCCGAAACAGACGCACUAGAGUUGUUGGGAUCAUUUGAACAGGCGAGUGGUGAUUAG